AGCUACAGAAGUAAGUGUGCAAAAAUGACAUCUGUGCAGGAGGAAAUCUUUAAAUGUGUGCAGUCUGGGGACUUGGAGAGAAUUAAGGAGCUUUUAAAACCUGAGGCUUUCUCAGAGGAGGAGGAUGUGUGCGGGACGAUGAAGGACGAGGUCGGGAGAAAUGCUCUGUUAACAGCCUCCAUGCUGGGGAGGAGCAGCAUCGUCAGAGAGCUGAUCAAACACGGAGCUCAGAUCAACGAGCAGACUGUCAGAGGUUAUUCUUCACUGCACCUGGCUGCUUGUUGGGGACACCUGGAGACGGUGAAGACUCUGGUUGAACUGGGAGCGGACACCCAGGCCAAGACCUUCAAAGGGGACAUGCCUGUGGACCUGGCCAGGACAUACUCCAGGACAGACUGUGUUGACUGUCUCAUCCUGGCCGAAGCCAAACAGGACUUGAAGGCAUAUAUUGCUUUUGUUAAAGAUCUCAUCUCUGACCCAGAGAAGAACCUUACAAAGGAAGAAAAGAGCAUCUGUUCGCGUAGGUGCUCUGCCAAGUCAGACUGGAUUCAGAACGGCAACAACUCAACAGUGUCAGACUUCAUAGCCCAGAAGAAAGACAUGGAGGACACUCUUCAGCCUAUUCUCCUCAAGCUGUCAACUCGGUGAAAUCCCUCCCAAGUGUACUGUAGGAACCGUCUUAUACUAACUACUGUGGACUGAUUUCGUGAUUGCAAAUGUGUUUAUUUUAUCCAUAAAUCCUACCAAUGGAUCAUCUUAUCUGUUUGCAGCAGCUAAGGGUGCCUGUCAAAACAGCAGGUCAAAUUGUUUUCCGUGUAUAAUUACGAUAUGUAUAAUUGUCA